GCACUUUUCGGUAAUUUUGUCUGCCCAUAGAGAUUCUUUCUGGUAACAGUUAGCUGGCUAAACCAGAGUGUACAGAUUCUACUGGACGAACAGACGAGGAGAUCUCAAAUCAAAAAAAAUGGCAACCAAAACGACGUCGUCUUCCUCUUCUUCGUCAUCCUCAACAGCACCGCCACCACCGGAAGCAAUUCCACCGCCGUCAAUGGCGAAAAGAAAAAAAGGAUUAGGAUGGAUAGAAUGGCUAAGAGGAUGGAUGUACGUAAUCCACGAGAUGCUAUUUCAAAGAAUAAUGGCGAGUCACUUGCAAAACCCUAUGCCUUUGCCUCCUGUUAAUGACCUCACUUGCAUUGUUACUGGAUCCACCAGUGGUAUCGGCUCUGAAACCGCCAGGCAAUUGGCAGAGGCAGGGGCGCAUGUUAUAAUGGCGGUCAGGAACACGAAAGGCGCUCAUGAGCUGAUUCGUAAGUGGCAGAAUGAGUGGUCAGGAAUUGGCCUUCCUCUAAAUAUUGAGGUAAUGGAACUUGAUCUUCUGUCGUUGGAGUCUGUUGCGAAGUUUGCUGAAGCGUGGAAUGCGCGUUCUGGACCUUUGCAUGCUCUUAUUAAUAAUGCUGGAAUAUUUGCUAUUGGAGAACCACAAAAAUUUUCAAAAGAUGGGUAUGAACAGCACAUGCAAGUGAAUCAUCUAGCUCCAGCAUUGCUUUCAAUAUUGCUUUUGCCAUCCCUAAUCAAAGGCUCUCCUAGCCGAAUUAUUAAUGUGAAUUCAGUUAUGCAUUACGUUGGCUUUGUUGACACAGAGGACAUGAAUGUUGUUUCUGGGAAGCGAAAGUAUACAAGCUUAUUGGGCUACUCUAGCAGCAAGUUAGCACAGGUUAUGUUUAGUAGUGUUCUUCAUAAGCGCCUUCCUGCAGAAGCCGGCAUCAAUGUAGUAUGCGUCUCUCCUGGAGUUGUCCAGACCAAUGUUGCAAGGGAUCUUCCCAGAAUCGUGCAAGCAGGUUACCGCCUGAUACCGUAUUUUAUCUUCAGUCCGCAGGAGGGUUCGAGAAGUGCUCUUUUUUCAGCCACCGAUCCUCAAGUUCCAGAAUACUGUGAACAUUUAAAAGCAGAUGAGUGGCCUGUUUGUGCGUUCAUCUCUCAAGAUUGUCGACCAACAAAUCCUUCCGAGGAAGCACACAGUAUUGAAACUUCGCAUAGAUUGUGGGAAAAGACAUUAGAGAUGAUUGGCCUUCCUUCAGAUGCAGUGGAAAGACUUGUGGAAGGGGAAGAAGUUACAUGUCGCUAUGGAAACCAUCAGGAGUAGUCUGUGUUGCUGUAACACGCAAAAUUAUUAGUUCUUACUGGGUAGCUUACGUGGAAAGGCCGUUCCUGCAUGAUGUAUCUGUAACGUUUUAAAAUCAGUUAUCAAGUAAUUUUAUUUGUUAUAGGAUUGGAUUUUCAUCACUGCUAGCAAUUGUUAUAUUUAGUGAUACGGAAUGGCCGCAAAAGUUUGUAACCAUCUUCACUGUAACCCUCUGAAUAAAAUUCUUAGAAAAUGUUAUUAGAAAUCAAUUGAUACUUCUACUGUUGUUUGA